UUGACUGUUAUUCUAUUUUAAAAGAUUCCAUCACAUUUUUGUGGAAUUUUCGAUAUCAAUUUAUUUAACAAAUUGAUUGAAUGCAUCUAAGAUGAGUGAAAUUGUUCCGUACAGUUCCGAUAAUGUGUCCAGCUCCUAUCAUCGAUGUCAACCCUUGGUUCCUGAAUGGGUAUUCGGCUUCAAUCCUCGCAUUCCACUGCUCAACCUCACCACCCAGAAGGGCACCAAAGAAUUUGUUAUGGCCACCGGCAAUCUGGUGGUUUUUUGCAAAACCGAAAAGCAAUCCGAAGUGGUACACACAUUGAUUGGGCAUAAAAAUCCUAUCAACAUGAUCGUUGCCGAGGGUUCCGGUCGCUUUGUCGUGUCGUCCGAUAGUGUCCACUGUGUGAAUGUUUGGGAUCGGGAAGCAGAUCCCGGCAAAGCUCCGAUGGCGAUUCGAACCAUUUACGAACCGUUUAAAACUAGCGAAAUCAGUGCGAUCGGAUUGAGCCAUGACGGCAAAUAUCUGCUGAUAGCUAGCACCCGUUUCCUGUUGCAGCUUUGGCAAUGGACCGUCGGGAAUGAUGCUCCUGAUGAUACUCUAGAGUUGCCUAAUCGUCUGGGUAAAAUCCGGAAUAUCCGGUUCAGCGCAGAUCCAACCAAACUGAAUCACUUCAUCAUUACUUUCGAGAGUGGAAUAGCGUUUGGUUAUUAUGACCACAAGAACGAAAAGCUCAGCAUCGAGGUUCCCAAGAAGCACAGUUUUCAGGAGUAUACCGAUUCAGUCUUUGUAGAGGAGACUCCACGGGCUGUUUCCGUAACCGGUGCUGGCAUGGCAAUAGUUUGGAGCGAUGACAAGAAAGCUGAAGCCCCAAAUAGAAAACAGUUUCUUAAAUAUCUGCAUCUCAAGUACGCUUCCAUAAAUGUGAUCAAGUACUGCGACCAGAAGCUAAUAACGGGUGAUGACGAUGGUGAGAUAAGAUUCUACGAUACACACAUGCGAAUUCUGUACUGGUUUAAGCAAGAAGAACCGGAACCGGUAAGGACGAUUUCGUUCAAUAUUCAACCCAGAAAGUUUGUUCUUGAAGCAACUCCCGAAAACCAUGAAGAUCCUGAUGUAGAAGUAAUCAAUCUGGAAUCGCUUCCGAGAGAUGUAUCGCUAGCUGCACAGCCAGUAAUUGUUAGAAACUUUCUGAUGGCUACUAAAGCUGGCCACAUUCACGAGGUGGAUAUUGUGCAAAACAAAAUUCAGGAACUGUUUUAUCCCUCCGGUAGCAUCAUAACAGCUUUCGAUGUUCAUCCAGAUAGUACCCGGUUUUGUGCAUGCGAUGGAAACGGUAGCCUUACUGUGUAUAACCUGACGACAAAAAAUGCCAUAUCUACCUUAAAGAUCCCCAUAGAGAGAACACGCAGAGGGCGAAUAUCAGCCCUAAGAUAUUCACCAUGUGGAUCAGUUCUGUUAGGUGGCGCUGAGAAUGGAUUCAUCUGGAUCAUCAACCCAGACACCAUGCUAAUUCAGGAUGGCAGCCCGUUGGAGUUUGGUACCGAAAAGAUUCACCUUCUGGUGUUUGCCCCCGAUUCGAAACGUUGUAUUUUCACCGACACAGAAGGAUCCGUCGGUGUCCUGGAACGCGAUAGCGAUAGCUGGAAGUUAACAGGAAAAUGCAUUUCACACAAUGUGGUUGACAUGCUGUUCAUCGAUUGGUCGGCUUUUCUGACGAUUGGGAAUGAUAGGCACUUGAUAGAGUACCAUCUAGACACUGCAGAGACUAACAUUUUAUUGAGUACGGAUAGCCUCUGCGUGAGAGCUCGAGUCAAAAUAGAACAAUCUGCCCAUACAACAGCUUUCUUACGAAUAUCGGAGAGACGUUUGCUCAUAGCCAACGAUCAGUUCAAAUUUAAAAUAUUUAAUCUCGACACUUUUGCCAUAAUGCACACAUUUCUGGCACCUUACCUGAAUGGACCCAUUCGAAGUUUGAACCUACUUCCAGGAGAAGAAUUUAUCUCAUUUAUGACCGAUAAUAACGUUUACAUACACCAACUACCCAUUGAUGGAAAUCCUUACAAGUGCAUGGGAGUAUUUGCUCAUCCGAAAAAGCUUCAUGGUAUUCGCUUGGUCGAAGACCGUUACGUUUUGUGCUAUGGCGAAGGUGAUCAUGCUGUGAGCAAGUGGAAGAUCAACACCACUCCCCUGAUCGAAAACCUCAAGUAUUGUGGCACGGGACUGGAUCCCUACUGCUCUUUGCUGCCGGGUGGUAAAACUGGAUGCUACGUCAAGGAGAUGCUGAGCCUUUUCUUCUAUAACCAAAUAUCCCCGAAACACAGCGAAGAAGAGACAGAAUUAACGAUUCGCGACGCUAUGGAUAUCAGAGAUGUUCCCAACUUUAUGAGAAGCAUUGGUUUUCACAUGUCGCAAUUUGAGGAGGACAAUUUGAUGAAAGAAAUUCACCUGUUUGGUGUGAACUUUCUUACCUUCGAGGAAGUGGCCAAACUGUUUCUAAACCACCGGACUCUAUUCAAUCCGGACUGCGAAGACGUCCGGGCGGCGUUGAUGUUCAUCACCAAGGGAGUUUUUUCUUCGGUGGAUUUGAAAUCCUUCAACAGACACCUGUCGAAACUAGGCGAAAAACCGGACGUUAAGCUGCUCGAUUACUACGCGGCCGUUUUGUUUCCCAAGUACAUCCUUCGCCAGUCCCAUGAAAGCGUCACCGACGAAGGAGAAACGUACACCUUUUUGGUUCCGCUGGAGGCAUUGGCUGAUAAGCUUGUGUAGGAAGAUUUCUCUAGAGGAAUUGAAGAGAAAUACUGUGUUAGUUGGAAUAUCACUUUAUUUGGAACAUAUUUUUCUUUCUUUUUCGACAAUGUUUAAUUUUAUAUUAGUAUUAUAAUCCGGAACAUUAGACAAAAACCAUGGUUUUACAUUUUUGAAAAUUUUUCACCGCUUUUAACUAUUAAUUGUUGCUUCUCUUCUAGACGAGGAACAGCAGAUAAUGACAAAUUAGUUGGAUGACGCUUAUUUAACCUAUGUUAAACGUUAUUUAUUAUAUGGCCUUAGUGAUGAUGAGUCUUAAUUCGGAAAAGUAGGAGGAAAAUAUGUGACCUAGCAUUGGUUUACUGAACGAGGAUGAAAGAAAAUGGAAGAAUACAAAAAAUAUAUUUACAGACUAUGUGUAGCUAUUUGUUUUCAGUUAUUAUCGUAUAGAUGAGAUAAGAUACUCUUUCUUUUAAUAUGAAGAUAGAAUUAUAGUUUUCUGGACAGAUUAAGAUCAAUAGUUUGUCAUUUUUCUCAAGUGUAGCGAAAAAGACUCCUUACUUACAUCAUAAUAGUGUUACUCUUACAGUAUACAAUCACAAAGCUUUCUUGUUUUUUUUCACUUGGAUUUUAUGUCCUCGUUAAAUUCAUUUGCUUUUUCUUCACUUUUUGGAACUUGUUUCGAUUUUUUUUAAACCUAAACUAUCGCAAUCUCUACGAAGAACAGGUUCUUCGUGCUAAAUUGAAUUAUUUUACCUUUCACUGAAUCCAUACACUCAAUCACAAAUUUCAGUAUAAUCGCGAGGAUUUAACCGUAAAACCCGCUAGAUAAUUCGAGUCAUUCGUUAUGAACGGCACGCAACGCUUCUGCGUUCUGGUCUGGAAGGUUUCGCACGAGUCAAAGCUUAGAUUUUUUUUUUUUUCAAUACGGCUGCAGUCACUUUUAACAACACAAAACAUUUUCACGAUUCUAACAAUGGUUCAACUUCAAAACAAACUUUUAGCUUUCGAUAUUAUGCUUAGCGCACUGCCUAAGAAAGAUUACAUACAAAUUUACUCACUUUUAUUAUACGGAACUGUAAAAAUUUCGAAACAAAAUUUAGAAACUAAAAAAUUUACUUUUUAAUAGAGAACCCUAAUGCAAUAAACAAUUGUUUUUUUUUCGAUAGUGAAUGAAUACGUUUUAAGAGAAUACAA